AAUUCCGGUGACGCCACUCGAGUGGUCGGCGUCGGUUAUUUUAGAUACCAUGAACCUAGUUCAUGGGAUCACAAUCUCGUUUACCGUACGGUCCUGAACAGUUUAAAAAUGUUUCAUUCCUGGGAAUAGGUUCUUUGAUGUUUCGUAAACUGAUACCCCAAAAAUGAGUUGCAAUCGCAUAUCUCAUCGUGUGAAGGACGUGAGAAAUGUUUGUCGCAAUCGGUCAGCUCAUCCUGGCAUUGCAGUUACUGACCGCUUUGCCUCGCACAAUGGAAACGAAUACGCCACACCACCUCUUCCACUCUCACCUUCGGCAGCGAGUGGAGAGAGUGGAGGGAAGGUUGCUGUCCUUUCUCUGACACUGUUUACUCUGGUGGAAACAACUCUGCAACCGAGGGCACCGAAUUUUCAAUAUUUUGAGAGGCCAAAGUAUCGAUACCCAUAUUAUGAUGAACAAGGAAGAGGACGUCUUUUGUAUGGAUAUGGAGGGUCAGACUUGUAUCAGUAUAAAGCCUAUUCCCCACUUGAAGGAAUUCAUUAAUUUAUGCUACAGAUUAUAUCAAUAAUGCAAGAAAUAAGUUGUGUGUUUAAGACAGAUAAUAGGCAUUGUGUUAAACCCAUCAUCAGUAGUUUCUUUUCAAAAGUGUACUGUAGUUUGCUGCACAUACAGUAAUACUGCAAUCCAGGACAAUUGUAAAGAGACACGAUUCUCCAUUAUGCGUGUGCAACUGUCAGCAUUGUUUCUGCCAUGUGGACCUGAAUUUUGUUCUGUAUAUAAAUGUAAAUUACAAGCAUUUCUUGCACAAUUCUUACUAGACAAAUCAAAAUAAUUGUACUCUGUCCACAAGCUUUCAUGUUGCAUCAAUAUUAUUUUUUAUGUUCACUUUACAGCUAUGUUAAAUUACUGGUCAGAAUAUAACUAGAAAAAAAAUUGACAUAAUUUUGUAUACAAUAUAUUACAGAUUGAGACACAAACUGUGUAUCUUUUGAAACUACUGUUACCUAAUGGUCACUUCUUCAUACUAACAUAUUUGUAAGCAACAUUGUAAGGUGAUUUUCAGUGCUUGUAGAUGGUACUGUUCAGUUCCAAGUUGACUAAGGAUUGCAAAUUCCAUUAGCAACCAAGAAAUCAGUGAAGCAAUAACUUUUAACUGAAUAUUAAAGACUAACAUAAUAAUACAACA